GAGAAAGAACAAACCGAAUCGUUGCUCUCUCCGUUUCCUGCUGCGGUGUAGCUUUCCGCCAUGGAGGAAUUCGUCGUCGUGAAGCAGGGCAGCAUCAAGUCCGGCAACUGGACGCAGCGUGUGCUGUCGCUCCACCCCAACCUGGGCCUCGCCGCCAUCACAUCGAAAGACGCCCAGGACGACAAGCUGUACGAGUGCGUGCGCGUGGCGAACGUGCAGGUAUGGCCCCAGUACCAGGGAAAACACAUUAAGGAAAGCUACCAGUCUACCGAGGCGAAACUGACGGUGCGGGCGAAGGGGCUGCCGGCAAAGAUCGGCAUUCGUGAGGUGAAGACACCGACCGGGGACGCAGCAGGUUUAUCGCUUCACGCGUCCCGGACCCCGGGCGGCACAUCGUACCUGGAUGCUUCGCUUUUCGUCCUUCGAGGACUUUGA